AUGGCCAAGGUGGUGAAAAUUGACAUUAUGACAAGAGAAAUCAUCAAACCAUCUUCUCCAACUCCUCAACACCUUAGAUAUAUCAAGCUCUCUCUUCUUGACCAGUUAAAUUUUGCAAUGUCUACACCAAUACUUCUCUUCUACCCUGCAAAAUCUGACAAAAAUAGCAAUAUUAUUCAUGCCAUUAAAGAAAAAUCCCAAAACCUAAAAUCAUCUUUGUCAAAAACUCUCACCCUUUUCUACCCACUUGCUGGUAAGAUUAAAGAUUAUUCCUUCAUAGAUUGUAAUGACUAUGGGGUUGAAUUUGUUGAAGCUCAAGUUAAUUGCCCUAUGUCAAAUAUAUUCCAACACCCAGAUAGUUCUCUGCUUGAAAAGUUGAUUCCUGUUGAUCUCAAUUCCAAAGAAACAUUCACUGGUGCUGUGAUUCAAGCCAACUUCUUUGCUUGUGGUGGAUUAGCAAUUGGAGUUAGCCUUUCGCACAAGAUAGCAGAUGCAGCCUCCUUAGGCGCAUUUCUCAUGGCCUGGACUGCUUCAUCUCUUUCCAUGGAAACCCCAACUACGGUGCUACCACAUUUCGUAUCCGAUACUAUAAUUCCUUCACCGGUGGAUUCAUUAGCCCUACCACCACCUCCACCACCACCAUCGACCCUGGAGAUGACAACCAGGAGGUACGUGUUUGAUGCCUCCAAGGUCUCCAUGCUCAAGGCUCAAGCUGCUAGUGCAAGCCUGCAACAACCAACUCGCGUUGAAGCUUUGACAGCAUUCCUCUGGAAAUGUUUAAUGACCGUAUCAAGAUCCAAGUCGCCAGGAUUUGUAAAAAAAUCUGUUCUGGUUCAAGCUGUGAACAUGCGAAAAAGGCUUUUACCACCAUUGCCUGAAAACUACAUCGGAAACCUUUCUGGGAAAUUUCUUGUUGAAUCGAAGGAUACAAAUAUAGAGCUGCAAGAUUUGGUUGUUCAUCUAAGAAAAGGGUUAGAGCAGGUAGGCAAAGGAAUUGAAGCAAUGGACAUAGAAGCAAUUCUGGAGUUUGCCAAGAGGUUUAGAGAGUUGCACAAUAGAGAUGAUAUAGACAUGUAUUGCUUCACAAGUUUGUGUGGAUUUCCAUUAUAUGAAGUGGAUUUUGGGUGGGGAAAGCCAACAUGGGCAAUUGUUACGAAUUUGGUGCUAAAGAAUUAUGUGGUGCUGAUCGAUACGAGGGAUAGAAAGGGAAUUGAAGUUUGGAUGUCACUGAGCAAAGAUGAUGCGCCCUUGUUUGAAAGAAAUAAUCAAGAGCUACUUGCAUUUGCAUCUAUAAAUCCUAGUAUCAGAAUUGCUGACAAAAAUUUUCCAGCAUUGAAUUCAAGUUUGUAA